AUGCACCCGCUACAUCCACUGGAGCCUGCUGGUCAGAACAUCUGGCUAUACGAACCGCUUAGAGCGGUCGACUACGUCGUACCUGAUGGACACCCAGCCCUCAUUGUUCUUUGCACCUGGCUUGGAGGGGCAACUCCUCGGCGGAUAAGCAAAUAUGUGGGAUAUCACCGACAGCUGUUUCCCAACUCCGCCAUCCUUCUCAUCACGACUGGCAUGAUCGAUAUAACCGUGCGUUCUUUUGCUGUCAUUCGAUCUCGGCUGCAGCCAGCAAGGGAAGCUAUACGCCGUAUUCUCGGACCUGACGCUGGGGAUUUCGAGAAAAAUCCUAACGGCGUGCUGCUACACGUCUUCUCCCACGGCGGAAGCAACAUCGCCAUUCAGUUGAUCCUUUCUAUGCAGGAUCCCAAGCACCCAAGCGGUAUUCAACGACUGCCGCUACAGGGUAUUGUGUUCGACAGCUGUCCCGGUGAUACCACAUUUAUGCGAAACUAUCAAGCCAGCGUUUACUCGCUGCCACCCGCUCCUCUUCCGAUUCGAUUGAUAAACCAAGCCCUGCUCUUUCCGGCUAUCGGCAUUAUCACGGGGCUCCAGAACCUGGGCAUUACGAGCUCUAUUAGUGAGAUACAGAAACAACUGAACGAUAGCCUUGUUGUCUCAGCCCGUGUUCCACGAUUGUACCUUUUCUCCAAAGCAGACACGACGAUCCGUUGGGAAGAGGUGCAGGCACAUCUCGACGAUGCCAGGAUUAGAGGAUAUAACAUUGCAAGCGUGGUAUUCCACGAGAGCCCACAUUGUGCAUUGAUUGUUGAAGACGAGAAGAGGUACUGGGGAGCUGUUCAGCAGUUCUGGGAGCAACUAGUGAAGGCGCGCGCCCCGGCAUCUGUUGUGACAGGCGAGGCGGAGGUCGCGACAGUCGUCCCGGGAAUUGGAGGAUUGCGUGGGAGUAGAUUGUAG